AUGGCCACCGAGCAGGGCAAGGCUCCCAACGGUGCCUCCCAGGACCACACUCCGCCACAUCCUGUAGUUUCUUACCCUCCUCAGCAGUUUGGGGCUCAUUAUCCGCCUCCCGGCCCUUAUCCACCCUUUUAUUAUGCCCCUGCCAUCCAAGACGGCGCUCAUGAUCCUAAUGCCCCGAGUGGGCCCCCGCCGCCCGCCCCAUACAUCAUGGCCUACCCGCCUCCUCCCCCCGGCAUGAUAUAUGCUUAUCCUGCCCCUCCGCCCAGCCAAGGAUAUCCUCCUUACGCACCUGGACUUCAGACUUCUCCCGUGCCUCGUCCCAAGCGUAAGCAGGUUAAGAUGGCGUGCACGAACUGUGCCCACGCGUGCAAGAGAUGCGACGAGGCACGCCCUUGCGAGCGUUGCGUGAAAUAUGGCGUCGCAGAUUCGUGCGUCGACGGUGUUCGUAAGGAAAGGAAGAAAGGGAUCAAACGUGGUCCUUACAAACGCAAGAACCGGUCGCAGAAUGGCGAGCAAGCAACAGAAGGUUUCACUGCGCCUGCCAACGGCGGGGGGGAGUCUGUGACCCCUCCUGCUCCCUACUCCGCCGCCCCCGAAGGAUACUACUCUUAUUACUACCCCCCUGGCUAUGUGCAGCCACCUCACAACGGCGAGGCCCACCCCGAGGGUAUACCGAAUGGCAAUGGACCGCACGUACCCCAUCCCGCUUACUACCCCAUGCCACCUCUCUAUGCACCCUUCCCCCCUUAUCCUGGCGCCCCUGUGCCCUACUCGCUUCCACCGACCAUCUCCGCACCAGCUUCAGCCGCUGUGCCUGCCACUAACGACAAACCCGAGCAGGCCGUCGCGCCCAGUGAGAUCCAUGGUGAAAGUUCCGGCACUACGAAUGGGAAGGGCAAGAAACGGCCGCGUGCCAAGGCCGGGGGCGAUGGUGGGACGAAGACGAGAAAGGCGAAGCAACCGUCCGCUGAUUCCCCAGCUGAUAGCGACCCCGCGCGUGGGAAGGACCUCCACCUCGGGGGACAGCCUGAACCCGGCGCCACGGUCUACAGUGGGAUGGAAGCCAGGACGAUGGUGGCCGUCUAA